AUGGCUUCAAAAACUCAUGCAACGACUGCAAUUGCUCUGAUCACAAUCAACCUCCUUUUCAUCACUUUUGUAAGCUCUAAUAACCUCCCAUGCCCAACACCCCCACUCCCACCCCUUCCCCCUCCCCCACCAAAAGACUCUAGCUACACUAGUACCCCUCCGAAGCCUUAUUAUCCAGAAACUCCCCCACCUCCAAAAGACUAUAGCUAUAACCGUCCUCCCCCCAAGACUGAUCACCCCAAAUCGCCUCCACCACCAAAUGAAUACAGCUACACUAGUCCUCCCAAGCCUUACAGCCCCAUAUCUCCUUCACCACCAAAGGAUUAUAGCUACACUACCAGUCCUCCAAAGACUUACAACCCCGCUCCACCCCCAGAAGACUACAGAUACACCAGUCCUCCCAAGCCUUACUACCCAAAACCAUCUCCACCACCUCAUUACUAUUAUCCCAAGGAAACUUGCUCGAUUGACAUUCUCAAGUUUGGAACAUGUGCCAACCCGUUGGACUUUUUGGUAACCAAUGGUAAAGUUGGAACACCACCAGAAGCUCCAACUUGCUGCAGUCUGGUUGAGGGUCUUGAUGAUUUUGAAGCCGCUCUAUGCCUGUGCACUGCCCUCAAAGGAAAUGUCUUGGGAUUUAUAUACGACAUUUCUCUUAAGUUUAGCUUGCUCUGCAAGCACUGCCAAAGAGAGGUCCCAUUUGGGUUCCAAUGCGGAUAUUAA